GAGUUAAGUAAUGUGCUGCAUUGCUGAUAAAAAAAAAAGUAAUGUGCUGCAUUUUCUUAUCAUGGUAAAGGAGAAGCAUACGGCAUUAUUUGUUUUGGACCUGAAUCCUUAGCCAGUAAAUAAAGUUCAUUGUGUUUUUCCUUGAUUUUUCCUCCUUUAAGAUGGAGAGGUAAAAAUUGAUGGUCAGGAAGGGAGAGAGCAUUUGGCAGAGUAUGCUAGAAGAUGCUCUCAUCACUAGCCUACCAGCCACUGCAUAUGGGGAAGCUUUAUACAGAUAUAUCCAAAUUCUACAAACAGGUGGUGAAUGUGACUCUUUCUCCCCUCCUCUAAGCUAAGCUGCACUGCUGCAGUGAUUGGUACCCUUAAUGAAUAGUUUUCUCUAAAUCAUUUUUUUCCUUGCGUGAAUCAGUUAGAGGAUCUUUUGCAUGUUUUGGCAAUUUGGAUGAUUUCUUCUAUUAAUUUGAAUCAUUUGCAUCAACUGUAUCACUGCAGAAAACUUGUGAUGCAAUGAUCAGCGGUGCAUUGAUUCUGGAGACAACCUUUAUUUUUUUUUGCCCUGGGCAUGGAAAUGAGUCAGGAUUGGUGCUUUCAUGAUAAAAUGGCAUUUCCCUUAAGCAGGACAUAUAAUUUUAGAUCUUUGUUGUUCAUCAAUCAUUUUAAUGAUCCUUCCUAUAUGCAGGCUGGCUGUUUGCCAUGGUAGAAAGAAAAGCAGUAGCCCUUUGGCCAUCAUCUUCCAUCUACCCUGUUUUCUCUUUUCUAACUGUCACCGGCAGCGAACUUUAUGUCCCACCUCCACCCCGGUGACUUAGUCUCACAGGUUGGCUGGCAAGCCUUCCAUUCAUGGGAUUGUAGGAGGUAUCAUCUUCCUCUUCUCUUUCACAAGGAGAAUUCAUUUCGUGGCCCUCAGUUGUUAAGUAUUAAGUUGUAGAAGUUGUACUUUGGACUAACUGUUUGUAUGGACUUAAAAUUCAGCCUUUCAUUCAUAUCUUUUAAAAAUAGUUGUUGAUUAAUUGAUUUUACUGUUAGAUUAGACAUAUGCAAAUACACGUAUGCAUACAUAACUGAAACUUGCAGGCACAUGGUGAAAGAAGGUCGCUAGUGGCAAGUUAUCAUUAGUGUGAUAGUGAUUCAUUCUAUGUGGAGUGCUAUUGUGAUUAUGGCGGGAGUAGUUCUUGGUAUGAGUAGCUAUCAUAAAAUUAAUUUCCAUCU